UAACUACCUACCUAAGGUAGGUUACCUGCUGUGCUGUUUCUGUGCUGUUUCUGUGCUGUUCUGCUGUUCGCGGUGAAGAUAUUUCUUCCCUUGUGGCAGUUUGACUGACUAAAACUGCCCUUUUCUGCCCCCUUCACCGCCUACCUACAGCUACCUUAGCCCACUCUCACCUCACACAUAACCCCCCUCACUCAACCUCUUUUCCUCUCCAACCGACCGAAUCUUUUGUGUCCCACCUACACCAAUCUUACCUGCAACUUUCGAUCUGAGCAAAUUUGUCUUCUGAUACCUUCUUCUCGUUUAUUUCGUAUUAGAUUUUCUUACUUCGUGCACAAUGUCUUGGCAAGCCUACGUUGAUACCAGCCUGCUUCAGAGCGGUAACGUCGACAAGGCCGCUAUCUACAAGGUCGAUGGCUCGCAAGUUUGGGCUGCCUCUGCUGGCUUCUCGGUUGCGCCCGCGGAAAUGACCGAGGUUGUCAACGCCUACAAAGACAGCUCCCAGGUCUUCGCCAACGGUCUCCAUGUUGCGGGUGAGCGGUACGUUGUCAUCAAGGCCGAUGACCGAAGCCUGUACGGCAAAAAGGGCAAGGAGGGUCUUGUCAUUGUCAAGACGAAACAGACUCUGCUCUUCACCCACUACCCCGAGGGCGUCAACCCUGGCUCGGCCGCCAACACUGUCGAGGUGUUGGCUGACUAUCUGAUUGGCGUUGGAUACUAGAAACGGAAACCAAACACACAAACCAUGUCCGCGUGACGAGUGAAUGGAACGACUCGACGAUUUGCGCCCUUUAAUCAUUUCUUGACAUCUUCGUUAUAUUUUUUCUUCUUUUUUUUUUCUUCUCAUCUCCGUCGUGCACUCCGCCACGCGCCGCACCGCAUGGUUGCUGUAAUUUAAGACACGACUCGUGCGUAUGCGGGAGCACAUCUCGUCUGCAGAAGUUAGGAUUUAAAUAGAGAAGGGCUACUCAGCCUUCAUGAGAGCAGGGCUGCAAUACUUUUUGGGGGAGUCGGAAUUUUCCUUCGUAUCCAACUUUUUGUGUACAUGUGACUUGGAGAUUUUCAACGCCAGAAGCAGUCGAAUGCUACUGAAAAAUAGUCUACAGGUUC